AACUCGAAGUGAACGGAACAUUGGUAAGAACUCGGAAGUUCCUCUUCGUACAUUGGACAGAGGAAAUUGGACAAACUAACCCCUCAACGGAAAGCUGAAUUACAAGUUUACCGCGCUGACGACCAAACUGUCGUAUUAGCUGAGGAAACUUCCUUCUUCCCUCGUCAUUAUGGUUGUUUGGAAAUCAGAGGAGAGAAGAAAGAAAGAAGAAAUCUGAAAAGGAAAAAGACAGAGGAGAUGAUGAGUAAACGAACUCUGUUAGUAUGGGGAGUAGCAAUCUUGUGUUUUAUAGUUUUAAUGGUUGUCACUCCGAAAAUUCCCCAGUCCGAACAAUACCAUGAUUUUGCUGAUCAGCGUGAAUUCUUUGGUAAAGAUAUCUCUCUAUUUUCCCCCGAAUUUCUUUCUUAAUUUACACCUAAAACCUUUCCUCCUAUGAUUCUUGUCCUGUCGAAUCGUAGGAAUCUGAUGCUUGAGAUAUGCUAAAUUUAGGGCUCCAGCGCUGCUCAAUUUCGUUUUUAUUUUUUGUCUGAUUUUGUAUGUAAACGUUGGUCUGCUCGAGAUUUGUUAUACUUCUAGCUUCAGUAUUCACUGGCAUAAAAAGUUGGAAAGUACGUGUGUUUUAGUAUUUUUGCCUUCAAAUUAUGCACAAAAAAAAAACUCAAGCAGACCUGUCUUUUGCGCAUCCUAGCAUCCAGAUGAGUGCGUCAUGAUUUGUUCCUUACCGGAGAAGCAUUGAAUGGUAUUGAAUAUUUAUCUAGUUUAUUAACUCAUUUUGUUUGGUUAGUGGAAUUUGAGGGGUUGGCUUUAUUCUGGGGCUGUUUGUAUGCACAAGGAAAACUGCAUCGCUGUUGGAGAUGCUCAAAGUACAUGGAUACCGAACAUGCUGAAUGUGGUAUCAAAUUUUCCUUUUUUUGUAAUUGGCGCAAUUGGGCUUAUACUUUGUUAUUAUCGGAACUAUUUCAGGCUAAGAUCACAAGGUGAGCUAUUGGGUUGGACAUGUUUUUUCAUUGGCGUUACAGCUGUUGCUUUUGGAUCCGCUUACUAUCAUCUCAAACCAAAUGAUGCUCGUCUUGUCUGGGACCGCUUGCCUAUGACUAUUGCUUUCACUUCCAUCAUUUCAAUCUUCAUUAUUGAAAGAGUGGAUGAAAAAUGGGGGACUCUAUCAAUUCUUCCUCUGCUCUUGACUGGUAUAGUUAGCAUUCUCUAUUGGUGGUUUUUUGAUGAUCUGCGUCCAUAUGCAUUGGUCCAGUUUGUUCCUUGCAUAGCCAUUCCUUUGAUGACUAUCCUGUUGCCUCCAAUGUAUACACAUUCUUUGUAUUGGUUAUGGGCUGCAGGGUUUUAUGUUAUAGCUAAGGUUGAAGAAGCAGCUGAUAAACCAAUUUACAAAUGGACUCAUCACAUUGUGAGCGGGCAUACUCUUAAGCAUUUAUUUGCAGCUAUGGUCCCUGUCUUCUUGACUCUAAUGCUAAUGAAGAGGGUUAUUGAAACAGAGAGACGAAGUUUGUUCCAGACAUGGCGAAUAUCCUGGACCAAGGUUAAAGGAAAUGGCGAAAAGGUGGAGAAUUAUUCCUGUACUUAUACAAACGUUCCGGUUGAGGAGUCACGGUGUUAACUAUAUGUUUUUCCGGAUUUGUACUUUAAAUGGAACUGUUCAAAUUUCAUUAACGAGUUCCACUAACCAAUUGACUUAUCUAAAAGGGGACAUAUAUGUUCAUGAGAAGUGAUAUUUGCACUCUCCAAUUAGCCUCUAACAUUCCUUGGAGGCAUAUUAUUUAUUGAGUGAAUUGGAGUGCCAGAGGCUAAAAUGGGAGUGCAAAUACUAAUUCCCAAGUCUUGUGUUAACGCAAGCGUUUCAUGUUUCUAGACAUGAAUCCGUGCCUUACAUUCUUGCUAGAUUGCUAGUGUUUCAUGUUUUUAGACACGAGCCUGUGCCUUACAUUCUUGUUAGAUUGCUGUUCAAAUAUUAUUAGUAUCAUUAUUAUUUUAAAAUAGUUGACAGGCAAAUGCUUGUAUAGACUUGGUUGUAGACCAUGUUGUAUAUGCAACAGACACAUGGAUUUUCCUGCA